AUGGUUUUAACUCGGAGCCAAGGAACUUCAAGGUCGUCCUCGAAAUCAAACACUAACAGUGAUUCUGGAAAUUCAAAGAACAGUGGCGAUGUUAAAAAGACUGAUUCCAAAAGAAAAAGUCCUUCAAUAAUCCCAUCCAACGAUAAAACCCCCCUGCCUGAUUCCAGUACCGCGCCUGUUGCAGCAUGUGACAAAGAUGCAGUUGCUAUAGCAACGAAUGAUGAAUGCGCCGAGAAGGAGCAAACGAAAGGAAAGCGAAGCAGAAGAAGAAACAGGAAGAGAAAACUGACUGCCGAUCACGAAGGACAAACGGAAGAAGUGGACAAUCCGGAAGCAUCUAUUUCAUCAACAUCAUCUGCUGAUGAUGGAAUGACCAUGGGAGCUAACGUUAAACACCAGAGAACAGUGACGUCUGAAGAGGCAAAACAAGAUGUUAGCUUGGCCAAUUCCAAACCGGCCCCGCCAUCAACUUCUUCCAUCAUGGACAAAACGCAAAAGGAAAACGUACUCGCAACACAAGGAACUGGGGCUGAACGCAAACUUGAAGAGGAGGGAUCUGAAGCUACGAUCUCCCAGGCUGUUAACGUAAAGGAUGUUCUGCAGCUGUACAAGCAAGAGUCAUAUGCCGAGGGACAGGCAGUCAAACCUAAAGGCCAACCAAAGUCUGGCAGGUUCUGGAAGACGGAGCAGACAACACGGUUCUCGGGGAUGAAACAAGACCGACCGCUGAAAACCUCCUGGCAGAAAAAGAUGCAGCAGAAGGCUGAAAUGAAGAACCUGAAGAUGUUUGAGGCCGAGCUGAAGGAGGCUAAGAGCACUGAACUGGAGAGGAAGAAGAAGCACCGAGCCAAGAAAAUCAAGCGCAAGCUGGAGAACCAGCGCAAGUCAGAGGUUGUGCAAGUGAUCUCCAAUCCUGGCAAGAUCAAACGAAUGAAGAAGAAACAGCUCAGGAAGAUUGAGAUGCGUUCAAUGCCUGACUCCAGCAAGAAACAAGUCUUCACAUCAUAAACAUAUUGUUGUCCUUUAGUCAACUAUUUUUAUUGGAUUUUUUUCCUUUUAAUUUCAACAUCAUAAUCCUUUUAAUUUCAACAUUUUUAAGUGUGUCAGACUCCCUACGACUGUUCUGAGCAACAAAAGACCAGUAUGAAGCAACUAUUUGAUGAAUUUGACUUCUCUAAAGUAUUUCAAAGUCACAUCACCUAGUUUUUGCAACCACAGUAAAUGCAGUUUUCUGUAGCAAAAGUAUUUUAUUUGAUGCAUAGAAAAUCAAAAUGGCGCCAUAUUCGAAGAACGCUCUUGAAAUUCUGCCAUAACGAGAAGGGCUGAAGUUUUUGCAUAAACUUGUUACUAAGAGGAUACAGUUCAGAAAUAUUGGAAGCUACACGUACCUCUAGUCUCCUUGGCAACUGGUUUAAAAUUGAUUUUGCGGUUUAUAACUCAAACUGUUCAACACAUUUGUAGAUGCAAACCUCUGAUGAAGUUUUACAUGCCAUGAGAAAAUGUGCCAUAUUGAAAACAGGAUUCUUGGAAAUACAGUAUAUAUUUUAUUUCUUUUUCAUGAUAAAGCCAAAACUAAGAAACCUUCAAAUUCAUGGUACGUGAACUUUUGAUGUCGAUACUGUGUUCCAGAAUGGUUACUUUUUAAACACUUCGUCAAGAAUUAAAAAAACUUCUUUGAACAUACAUGUAUGUUAAUAAGUGAUAUUUGUAUUAAUAACACAGACAGGUAUGUUGCACCUUGAAACUAAUACAGUGAAUAAAACAAAUGGGAAAAGAUGGUAAUGUUCAGAACCCAA